AUGUGCCAUCCUCCAUGGUGCCUUCCCCUUAAUUUUAUUCAUUAUGAUCUGCUCUCCGAUUCCUCAAUGUGCCAUCCUCCAUGGAGCCUUCCCCUUAAUUUCAUUUAUUAUGAUCUGGUCUCCGAUUCCUCAAUGUGCCAUCCUCCAUGUUGCCUUCCGCUUAAUUUCAUUUAUUAUGAUCUGCUCUCCGAUUCAUCAAUGUGCCAUCCUCCAUGGUGCCUUCCCCUUAAUUUUAUUUAUUAUGAUCUGCUCUCCGAUUCCUCAAUGUGCCAUCCUCCAUGGUGCCUUCCGCUUAAUUUCAUUUAUUAUGAUCUGCUCUCCGAUUCAUCAAUGUGCCAUCCUCCAUGUUGCCUUCCGCUUAAUUUCAUUUAUUAUGAUCUGCUCUUCGAUUCAUCAAUGUGCCAUCCUCCAUGUUGCCUUCCGCUUAAUUUCAUUUAUUAUGAUCUGGUCUCCGAUUCAUCAAUGUGCCAUCCUCCAUGGUGCCUUCCGCUUAAUUUUAUUUAUUAUGAUCUGCUCUCCGAUUCAUCAAUGUGCCAUCCUCCAUGUUGCCUUCCGCUUAAUUUCAUUUAUUAUGAUCUGCUCUCCGAUUCAUCCAUGUGCCAUCCUCCAUGGUGCCUUCCGCUUAAUUUUAUUUAUUAUGAUCUGCCAUCCUCUCCGAUUCAUCAAUGUGCCAUCCUCCAUGGUGCCUUCCCUUUAAUUUUAUUUUUUAUUUAUUCCGAUCAUCUGCAUCCUCCGAUUCAUUUCAAUGAUCUGCUUCCGAUUCAUCAAUGUGCAUCCUCCAUGGUGCCUUCCGCUUAA